CAACGGUAUAUUACGCGAGUAACACGACGACGCAUAAUUAAGAACGCGAGAAAUUUCAUUAUUAGUUCGAUAAUAUAUUAUUAAAACGAUUAUUAUAAUUAUUAUUAUUAUUCACGUCGCCGGUUGUUGUCGAUUGCAAUACCAAUGGGAACACACGGCUUAUCGUCGGGGUCAUCGAAUGGUAACGAUAUUACAAUAUUUUCGUGUCUGUUGUGUUAAUAUUAUUAUUAUUAUUGUUAUUAUAAUGUUUCGAACAGUACGAGCCUAUACGAUAAUUCCAAUAUUAUUACGCUGUAAAAAAUAUUGUCGAACGUAAUAGUAUUACUGUACCUAGCCGUGUGACGUACCUGUACCUGCACUAAACGCGGGUACCUACCACGAGCGUUUCGUACGCCGGAAAUUGUACAAUAUCCGCAAUACCUUUCCCGUCGCAAAUAUGUAAGUCUAAUUGUAUUAACCGCGUAAGUUACCUACAUCGUUACAAUAGUAUCGCCGCGCGAAUAUUGACCGAUCGCAAAAAAAAUAAAACGCGUUUAAAUGCGUUGUUUCGUCGCUACGCAGGUACAUAAUAACGUCAUGAUAUUAUUACGUGUCAACGAUAUCGCAAAUAGCUAUUAGCGACCGCUCAACUGCGCGCAUUGUCCCGGUCCAGACCGAAAUCGAAUAUAAUUUUCAUAUUAAAAUCGCGUAAUAGCGUUUCGCACGGCCGACGGACACGAUGAUUAUUGGGUACCUAUUCGUGAAAUUAUUAGUGUAGAAUAUUGGGCGCGGAUUUUCGCGCACAAUAUUAUAAUUUUACAAUAACAGGUAGGUAUGAUGAUAAUAAUAAUAAUAAUAAUAAUUAACCGGCUGUACAGCGAUUAAAAUUAACGAACUUUGGCUGCCUAUAUACGACCAAUAACUAUCGCAGUGGUUUUCAACCUGUGUGUCGCGGCUCCCGGCGGCGUCGUGGUUUCGUAUCAAGGGAACCGCGGCUAAAGUAAAUAUAGUAGAGUAAUACAGGAAAGUUAUUUAUUUACGUUUUUAUAUUAUUAUCAUAAGGCAGCCGUUAAUUUGGAUUUCAAAAUUAGAAGAGCCGUGGACCCAAAAAGGUUGAAAACCACUAGCAAUUAAUCGACGGUGACGUAACAUUUUACAUAUCGUAUUAAUAUUGAAAAAAAAAACCUACAAACUUCAAUAACAAUCGACCUCAGUGAAUAAUCGGCUGCGCCGUUGUUCGUACACGUAAUAUUAUGAUAGACAUUCAAUUAUCACAUUUCACUUAAAAAAUACGCGUGUUCGAUAUUAUUUAUCUUUAAUAACAUUAAUAUAUUAUUAUACUGUCAAGGGUAAUAUUGGUCGGCACCGCUAGUAAAAGAGUCCGUUGUUUCCAAACGAUUUCGAGUUUUUUGUUCAAUAAAAACAAUCGGUUUUCCGCAUCUGCACCGACCGCUAUCGAUACGAACUGCGCUGCGGAUAAAUUUGUAAUGGACAAAUUUAAGUUGCCAUCGCGUCACGAGGCCGGCGUUUACAGUGUUUGGUUAGUAUACUUAUCUAAUACUUCUGCUUCUACGAGUGUGGAGCAAUUUUUUUUUUUUGCCUUAUCUAUUAUUGUAGAGACCAGCCGAUAUAACAAAGUUCGCUAUUAUAUUAUUAUUAUAAUUUCCACUACAAGACGCAAUAUUAUAAACACAGUAAUUAUCUAUACUAUUUACUGUAGUCGUGGUGUUUUUUUUUUUUUGAUAUUAAAUUUCUGUAUGCUGUACAGUGUUUCCCAACUUUUUCUACCGCCGUGAUUUGAUUUUUGUUUUUUUUUUCUUUUUAAUCUUAUUAAAAACAGUACUUUUUACAGAUUUAAGUACUAAACGACUACAAUAACGGUUUUCUAUACAAAUACGUUUUUUUAACGAUAACGCAAUAUGAUUUUUGAGCUCUACUUCCCCUAUAACGAUACGAUUUUAAAUAAUUCAGUAUACCGUCGGAAUUAUAUUAAUUACGCACUAUAAUAUUAUUAUAUCCAUCCUACCAAUUCUUCUGAUUAUUUUAGAUUCUGAGCGCAGCGAUUUUUUUUUUCCUUAUCAACAACUUUUCUACCAGAAAUACGUACUUUAAUUUUCAAAAGUAGCAUCUUUUUCAAAACCAAUUGUAUCUAGUUGGUGCAAUGGGAAUACCAUUUUGAUUUCCCUUGUGGUUUUCGUAAUAAAUUGAAGAAAAAAUAUAUGAAAAACGGUCAAAUUUGACGACAAUAGCGAUGACGGUUUAAUUAUUUUCGAUUUUGUUUUUCUACCAAAAAUCUUGUUCUGAAUUUCAAGUGUAGUAUCAUUUAUCAAAGAACAUUUUGUUUCAUUUGUGCAAAUGGGUUAUUUUUUUAAUCGUCAUUGUAGAAUUCUAAUAACCGGGAAAAACUGGAAAAAAAAACUAUUUCAUUAAUAUUAUUGUUAUUUUUUAUACUCAGAAUAUCAAAAAAAAAAAAACUGAGCGUUAUAUAGUAGUUUUUUUUUUUUAUAUGAUUGCUAAACGCUUAAAUUUUGAUAAACAUUGUAAAAAUUACAACAUUUUGAAUCAUGUUUAACCGAAUUCAGAUUCGUAUUUCGUCAGCAAUACACUGUUGUAGUAGUUUAUUUCUUUAUAAAAAAAAAGAUGAUAAAUUCAAACAACAACUCAUUAAAUGUAUAAUUUUGAAUAAUGAUAAAAGAAAAAAAAUACACAUAACAGUAAUGAUAAUAAAAAAAAACACUAAGAGCAAGUGGCUCUACCAAUGGAUUAAAAACACUGUAACUUAAAAAUUAACAUCUUGAUUAUGGACUUCAGCAUACACGACGUACAGGUAUAAAUUAAUUAACUUUGUAUUUCCUACCUAUUCAACUUUCCACCUACAACAGUGAGAUACACAUCAGCAUUAUUAGUUCAUUAUUAUUUUUUUUCUCUCUGCUAUCAACUUUUCUACCUGAAAUCUUGCUCCAAUUAAAAAAUAACAAAAGAGAUUGUUUGUAACAGAUUUUGCUAUCAAAUGACGUGUGCAAAUACAUUUUUCUAUUAAUUUCAACAUUAAAUGCCCAUUUUGGUUUACAAAAUCACUAUUUAUAUUCAUAUAAUAUCGAUAUAUUUUUAGUUUUAUUCGUGAUGUAUUUCAAUACCUAGUAAACAUUAUUUUUCACAGUUAAAUUAUCUAUACUUGAACUAUAUGUUUAUCUAUUUUAAGUGUAUUGUUAAUAAAGGAUCGAAUUCAGUCAAUUGGCCGUCACCACCAAGUGUUUGAAUUUGGGACAAGGAUUUCCGGAUUAUGACCCGCCGUCACGGUUUUCUGAUUACUUAGCGCAAGUGGCUACGGAAAAAAAUUCCUUUUUCAAUCAAUACACACGAGGAUUUGUAAUUAUUAGCCUAAUAGUUUUAUAAAAUACAUGGGGUGUAUUGGCACUCGGAAAAAUAUUGACGAUUUUUUUUUUUUGGUUUUCAUCUAAAUUUUGUACAACAUGUAAAGGGCCACGCGCGUUUGGUGAAAGCAUUAGCCGAUCUGUAUUCCAAACUGAUCGACCGGAAAAUCGAUCCCAUGAACGAAAUAAUGGUAACAGUUGGCGCAUACGAAGCUCUCUAUUGUGCCAUCCAAGGAAACAUAGAAGUCGGUGACGAAGCGAUUAUCAUCGAACCGUUUUACGAUUGCUACGAACCGAUGGUUCGGACGGCCGGAGGAAUCCCUAGAUUUAUUCCGCUGAGAAAUGUAAGGAUGUACGAUGUGUGUGAAAAUAACGCUUAAGAGGACGACGCAUCUUACCCGCAUGAGCUGUCUCCGACAUACAAACGCGAUAUAAAGCAAAUUUGUGUUCAACAACGUUGUGUUUUUAGUUCUGAUAUUUAAGUGAAUUGACCUAUUAUCACAUUUAAAGAUAUUAAAAUUAUCUAUAAAAUCCCCUCUUUUUUUUUUUUUUUUAAUUAUUUUAAUUUUAAAUUGAGUCAAGUUUAAACACUUUUAAACUGUAAUAAUUCACACGAUCAUAUUUUGUUUAAAAAAUAAAACGAUAAAAAAAAAAACGACGCGACGACACAGAUAAUGUUCAUAUCUUUGAGUUUGAUAUAGAUCAACUCACUCUAAUUUUAAAACUAACAGCACAGAUAUGUCUCUGCUGAACGAAAAUUUCCGUGGUUGUAUGACGGAGACAGUACAUGUGGAUACAACAUUUUCUUAAAAAGGCGCGUGAUAGUCAAUAUUUAUCAUCUGUAUUUAUGGAGACAAAGACGAACACUCGCAAUUAAAUUGGAGUGGCAAGUCGAAUAGCCAUUAUAAUAUGACUCCUACUCACCAAUCAAAUCGUUCCAAAUAGUAACAAAUCGACAUUAGAUUGGCUAUAUAUAAUAUCCUAUAACUAUUCAUCAAAACAAUUUGUUUUCCUCAUCAUUUCUAACACAAUGUUUAUAAUAUGUAUUUUUAGAAAACCGUCUCCCAAAUAAAAUUGAAUGUUAAAUGAAGAUACUACCUUUGAUUUGAUUGAUUUUUAUCUAAGAAAUGUUUACGAUAUUGUUUGUAAACAAUUGAUUAAUUCAAAUCGAGGUUCAAAAAACACUUGUUAAAUAAAAUAAAUCAAUAAGAAAUCAAAUUUUUACCUUAAGUGUGCUGUUGGUUUUAUUUCGACCACAUCACUGUUAUAAGAAAUAUGUUAUUUGUGUUUGAAAAACUCAAAACUAUUAAAUUUUAAAACAAUAUUAAUUAUGUUUUUAUUAUUUACAAUAUUAAAUAAAAUAAAACUAAACUAACACAACGGAAGUUGUACAUUUUUAUAGUAAACAUUUAAUUUAAUAAUAUUAUUAUUAAUUCUAUAGCCUUAGUAAUUUUUUUCAUGAAAAACAGAUUUUACAAUCGAAUUACCAGUCGUAUCGCGUGCCCUCUUAAUAGUACAAUUCAUUAUACUCGUGUUAAUUUUCAUUAACUUUUUUUUGUAAAGACAAAGCCUAAUGCAUCCACGUCACAUUCGAGCGAUUGGAAACUCGAUCCAGACGAAUUGGCGUCAUUGUUCAAUUCAAAAACAAAGCUCAUCAUUAUAAACACACCUCACAAUCCACUGGGAAAAAUAUUCGAUUACGACGAACUAACGAUGAUCGCGAAUUUGGCUAAAAAACAUAACGUUCUCGUCAUUUCCGACGAAGUGUAUGAAUGGUUGGUGUACAAACCCACCCAACACAUUAGAAUCGGUAAUUAUUUAAUGAGGUAUAGUAGAGUGCCCAAGUGGUGAAUGUACGCACCGGUUGUGUUGUAGCGUAUUUAGCGUAAAUAUUUGUGGGCUAAAUUACGGUGGGGCCGAAAUAUUUUCGGCUCGUUUACACGCUCCCAAUUUGUACAAAUAUAAAUUAAAUGACUCUUUUCAUACUGUUUUUAUACCAUAAUAUCCUAACCCUUCCCGACUUGUCUCCUACAAUAUUAAUACACCCUUUACCAACAACAGCUCUUUUAAAUUUAAAAUUAAUGACAAAACUUGUCAAUAUAGUAUUAUUAUUUUAAAUUCUGAGUAGAGGGAGAAAUAUAUUGGUUUUAUAAUGAUGUUCAUUGUUUAUUUUUUUUCUGUGAACUACUUUUCUACUUUGCUCUGAUCUACAAUGAUAGCACUUUUUGUGAUAAGAAAUCUGACUGGGUUAGUACUUUAGGGAGGUCAUCUUUUGGUUUUUCCAGGGGUUUUCACAAUAAAUCGGGAAUACAUGAUGGGAAAACGGGAAAAUUUACAAAUUGAAUUGUUUUCAAUUUUUUUGUUUUUCAUGUAUUCAAAUUUUGAUAUUUGGAAUUUUUCAGUGUAAUUAAAGCCGAAUACUUAGAUUUUUUACUACAUUUAAGGAAUAUCCUGUGGUGGUACCAACUUUGGUUUAUCAAAUAAGAACCUAUAUUAAAAAUUCCAUAAAUAGACGGAUAAAAUGCGGUGUUCCAUGCUGCUACACAAAUAAUACUCUAGUAAUCUCCCCCUAACUGAACUUAAAAGUGAAAUAUCUCGUUAACGGGUUGACGUAAAUCUAAAAUUUUAACACCAAAAUUAAAAUUAUUUAUUUAUUCAUUUAUUUAUAGAAACACCACAGGAUACUCCUUAAAUGUUAUGAAAAAUAUAUGUAUUUGAAAAUAUCGGCUUUAAUUUCUUUUAAAAAUUCAAAAAAAUCAGAAUUCAAAUAUAUGUAAAAUUUAAUCAAAAAAGAUGAGCAUUCAUAGGGAAUCGCCCUGUUUAUUAUUGACAAAGCGAUACUUUUAACCGAUUUCUACUCAGAAUCGUUUUUCGUUAGCAAUGAUUAAUUGUUGCAUACAGAUAUACAUUAAAUUUCCCCUCUACCUUCCCAACUUCUUACCCACAAAAGUGGGCCACUCAUUUGUAUUUUUAAUCUUGAUUAUAUUAUUAUAUUUAUAGCCACACUCCCGGAGAUGUGGCAAAGGACCAUUACCAUAGGAUCUGCCGGAAAAACGUUUAGCAUGACGGGAUGGAAACUCGGAUGGGCUUACGGACCGUCAUAUCUUAUGAAAAAUCUGUGUGUUGUCCACCAAACGGCGAUUUAUACGUGCGCGACGACUGUUCAGGAAGCAGCGGCCAGAGGUUUCGAACACGAAAUCGCUUUGCUCGGAACGCCGAACAGUUAUUUCCAAACAUUGUCCGACGAAUUGCAGCCAAAAAUGAAUUAUUUGUUCAAAAUAUUACAGGAUGGCGGCUUUAAACCGAUAAUGCCCGAAGGGGGAUAUUUCAUGAUAGCUGACUGGACAAACUUUGGUUAGUGUAAUACUUACUCAAUACUCAUAUUAUAUUAUUACGUAGAUUUAAAAUUGCUGAAGUGGAAUCAGGAAUGAUUUAAAUAAUAAAAUCGGGACUAAGGAUUAUGUAAAUCCUGACACGACCUUCAUAAAUUUGAGAUCAGAAUGGCCAGUGUAUCUAGUUUCUUUAAUUAUUGUUGUUAUGACGAUUAAUUAUUCCGUAUACCUAUUUAUAUUAUUCAUCGAUAUUAAUACUAAUAAUACUACAACAUUAAAUUCAAAGAUUUUCAAUUCGAUGAAGAUAAUUAACUGUAGUAAAUUUAAAUAAACAAAACAGUAUUCAUUUAAAAUAAAUAAAUUAAACUAGGUAUAUACAAAAAACACACAAUGGACUUAAACAAAUUCUUUGGUUGAGUUUGGAGCAAAGGCACAUAUUAUACAUUAUUUAAUAUGUAUUAUGUCUUAGCCAAAUUAUUUCUUUAAUUUUCAUUUUUAUCAUUUAAAAAAUGAACAGUUUAAUUUAACUAAAUUUCUCUUAAUAUUAACCAUUAAUUACUUAUUAAAAAAGAAAAAUAUUAAAUAAUCAUUUGGCUAAGGUAUAGUAAUUACUCUUAUUGAUAAAUUGUGUAAUAGGUUCUUUUGCCUUGAAUUCAACCAGAAAGUCGCAAUCAAUGAAAUGCACAAUGUAUUUGUUGCUAGAGAAAAUAAAUUAUGUGCAGAUGCAAAUAACUAAACCAGUGCUUCUCAACGGGGGUGAUAUCGCCCCCCGGUGGGCGGUGAAGGAGUACUGAUGGGCGGUGAGCUCGUUUUGGGCGAUGAGGGGGCGGUGGGCUCGUUUUGGGUGUUAAAGGGGCGGUGAACUUUUUUUCCGUUCAAAGCAACGCACUAAGAUUUAUCUUGGUAAAUUUUUUCAUUUUUAUCGAUUACUAAAAUAAACUCUUGAUUAUGAAAUAUAAGCUACAUGUACCAGAGCGUCAAACGUUUGCUUAUCAAGCAAACGAAUCAGCAAAACUACAGUAUCAAGAAGAAUUGAUCGAAAUUUCCACUAACAAGAUGUUAAAAACAAGUUUCAAGAAUGGUGAAAACCUCACAGAAUUUUGGCUCCAAUCUACUACCAGUCGAAUUUAUCCUGGGCUAUUUAUCCACAGACUGUCGUACAAAAAUUAUUAAUUGCCUUCCCUUCCUCCUACCUCGUUGAGCGAGGAUUUAGUGCGGUAACAAAUCUGAUAACUAAAAAAAGAAAUCGACUCGACAUCGUCAAAAGAGGAGACUUACGCCUUCAUCUCACAAACUUUGAACCAAACGUAAAAAUAUUGGCUUUGGAUCACCAAGCACAACCAUCUCACAGAUCAAUACAUUUAAAAACAUUUUAAUUAUCCUCUUAAAUUAUAUUUAAACAUAAAUUUUACAUUUUAUUUUCAUUAUAUUCACAUUUGUAUAUAUAUAUAUAUUAUAUUUAUUAAUUAUUCAAUUUUAAACUUUUCAUGUAUAUUAUUUUUAUUUUUAUUUUAAUGAAGUGAGGGGAGACGUUGAAAAAUAUUUUGCUUCUUAGGGGGGCGGUCGUUAUAAAAAUGUUGAGAAGCAUUGUACUAAACUAAUAACUUGACUGAAUGUUUAUAGAAGUGACCUGUAAAAAUUUAAGUUUGUACAAUGAAAACUGAAACCAGUUAGGUUAAGUAUAAGUUUAUGAUUAAAGUAAUAAACUAAUUAAGUUAAAAAAUUAAAUCCAAUUUAACUUUUAUUUUUUAUUAACUAUUUAAUUCCUGUCAUUGAUUUUUUAUAUAUAUAUAUAUAUAUAUAUAUGUUUGAUUGUUUGUACUAUUAUAUAGAAGAUCAAUUAGAUUUAAAUUCAGAAACCGACAAAUACAAGGACUUCAGAUUUGUAAAAUGGUUAUCAAAAAACAUCAAACUCCAAGGAAUACCGUAUUCUGCUUUUUAUUCAGAAGGAAACAAACGAAUGGCUGAAAAUUAUCUAAGAUUUUGUUUUUUUAAAGUAAUUUACAAAACUAAAAUAUUAUUAAACCCAUUACUUGAAUCGAAAAGAAAUUAGAAGGGCACUAAAGUAUCUACAUCAAUUCCUUCCACCAACGAUUCUAGCAUGUUUAUAAUCAUUUUACAGAGCUUUAUUAAAUAGAAGUAGCGAUACGUCUCCUUUCUUUAGUCCUAUAAUAACCUUAAAGGUUUCUGAUUAGGUAUUUCGUGUUCUCAUUUAAUAAUCAAUAUAGUACAUUUUCCGUGCACAUUUUAACAAGUCUUAUAUGUUUACUCAGAACCCAAACUCACACAUAAUAUUUUAUAGACAGCCUCUAUACGAGCCUCGUAUAUGCUAUCAUAAGCCUCACUGAAGUCAACGAAUUCGUACCAUACGUUUUGUUUAUAUUCAUAUUUGUUCUCCGUUAUUUGUGCAAUAAUGGAUAAUUGGUCAAUUGUUAACUUAUUCUUCUGGAAGCUGCUCUAGUACUCCCCUAUACAUUUUUCUGCCAUUGGUUGAAGUAGUUGUAGCAGAAUUUUUUUUUUCUUUCUCUGUUUCAUCCAAACUUGUAUUACAAUGGUCCCUUUCCAUUGCAUUAUUCUUUUGCAUUACUUACGCUUAUCAUUAUCAUUGUUAGUUGCUAAGUUAUCAUUGCUAAGUUUAUUGUGUUCUGAGUUUUUAAAUACUUGUGUCGUGUUUCAUUUUUAUUUAUAGCGCUUUUCUAUAAUCAUCAUCAAACUACUUAUUGUGUUUACUUACUAACUUACGUACUUACCUAUAGUAUUUUUCGCUAUUUUGGUUAUGAUACUCUGUACUUGUUGCCGUUGCAUUCCUACCGCGGAGAUGAAUUGUGUUGUUUUUUUUCUAAUUCAUUUUUACGUAUAUUAUUCUUGGACUCUUAUCUUAAAUUCCUUUAUAUAAAAUUAAGUUGUCUUUUUAUCCCUUGUAUCCUUACGUAGUUUGAGUUUAAAUUUUGCAAUAACAAGGUAAUGAUUGGUCUCAUAGUCAGUACCACGGAAGCUUCUUACACCCUAUAUGCUUGACCUAAAUCUAGCUUGUAUUAGUGAUCAAUGAUCUAUUUGGUUCUCCAUAUUACCAUAUUACCGUUAGUUGAUUUCCACCUUUGAGAGCGAAAGUGGUGUUGCUGAUGAUCAAUCCUUUUUACGUUGCUAAAGAUAUUAAUCGAGAACUAUUGUCAUCAGUCUGCUUAUGUGCACUAUUCCUGCCGAUUGUAAGUAGGUAGAUUUUUUCUUUCCCUAUUUUUGCAUUAUAUAAAUCUUCUCCCAUCUCUAUUUUUGUUACACAUACUUUAAUCUCUUCAUAUACUUUGGAAUUCGUUUUUAUACGUUGCUUCAACCGGUUCAAUCGACACGUCCAAAAUAGAGUGAGAUUCAGUAAAACUUUUCAAGAUCUUAUUGUGUACUGCAAAUACUGUCUCAAAAGUAUGUCGGCUAAUACAUGAUAAAAAAUAGUAUAAUGACUUUAAUUUAGUCAAUGCCAAACCAUCUCACUUCCUAAUUCCUGUAGUGCUGCUAUUAUUAUACUCUACCUUGCACAUAUCUCGACAAUAUUUUGACAAGCACCUAUUCUGAAGAGACUAUGUAUGUUUUAUGAUCUUAGAUCUUUAUAAAUUUUAAACCGUUCCUAUUUCUGUUAGUUACUCCAAAUUCAUUUGUUGUCCGAGGUUUUUCUAGUAGUUUUUUAAUAUAAUUUUUUUACUGUGUGGAGUUAUUAGCAUAUAUUUAAUAAUACUUAUUAUUAAUAUUAACUUAAACUCAUUUUAUUCUGUUGCCAGAAAGACGAAACAUUGAAAAAAGCUGAAAAUAUAUUAACAACUUGGACGAGCAGUUUACCGAAAAAAAAAUCUAAACUAUAAUAUUCAUUACCUAUGUAUUUUUCGAAAAUAAUAUAAAGCGAAUUUUACUUACAGGCGAUUCGUUACUGUCUAUAACAUACCUAUAUAUAAUAUUCAAUUAAACUAAAUGAGUAGUAGGAUUUAUUUUGUUAAAUUUUAAAUUGAACCGUGGCUGAACAUUAUUGCAAAAAUGCAGCAGACUUUCGUUAUGCGGACAUACUUCGCACGACUGGUAGACCACUGUUGUAAGUGAAAAGUUGGGAAGGUAGGG